AUGCAAAAGCGUUCGGCAAACGACUCAUUCCUGCCCUGUGUCCGCCUGCAAGACAAUGUAGAGGCGUUGGUGAGACUAGGUCUCCUCACGGCGAACCUCGACUCCCCUAUGCACAGCUUGUGGGCGAACCAGAAGCACCACAACGCCAAGACAACGUGCCAGGCAUGCGUAGUUCCUAGGAGGGACCUCGGUAACCCGAAGUACGACAUUGUCAAGAACGCCCGGACAGCGGAUGGACUCAAGGAGGACCUCGACCGCGUUGCGGCCACAGAAAAGAAGCAGGACCGGGUAAAGCUGUCACGAGCUCUGGGCGUGGUCGUGCCCCGGUAUCCCAACCCCCUGCACGAGGUCGCUAUCGACCGGGUUGACGGAUGCGGCAUGGACGGUACACAGAUGCCGCAAGUCCACAUUGGACGUGUGGCAGAUCUCGUUUCCCAGUUCUCCUACACUCACAAACGUGAUCACAUCGCUUUGUUAAUUUGUUCCCAAAAUGAGCAAAGCGACGCUCGGAUUACUAGCCAAGCGGCAUGUGCCCUGACGGGCGAGUCUGCGCUUAACUCGGGCAAGAAGAUCAUGGGCUUUGUGAUGGAUGCUCUUGAUCCCACUGGUACCGAGGUUGUGCGUGCUCGGUUUGCAUGGCGCCGGAUGCUGCCCCCGAACGUCUCGCCGAUAGCCGACAUCACCAGUGCUGGAGGUAGGUCGGCGUUGACUGGUCAACAGUUGUGGCUCGUUGCCAGUAUCUUCCCCUUCCUCCUCGCGCCAAUCUUCUCCAGUCCGGACAAUCUGGUGAGUACGGCUGGUGGGCAGAGAUAA